ACCGCCUCCCGGCUUGGGCGCUGGGUCUGGUGCCUUAAAGGGCUGCGAUGGAGUCGGAGUGGGACUCGCUGAGCGCGCUGGGGGCGGUGACCGCCGUGUGCCUGCUGCUGUGGGCGACGUGGGGGGUGGGCUGCACAGUCUACGUGUACCUGCUGCCCCCGGUGCGCCGGGGGGCCCCUUGGCUCAGGGCGCACGGAGCCUGGGCAGUGGUGACAGGAGCCACCAGUGGCAUCGGCAAGGCCUAUGCACACGAGCUCGCCCGGAGAGGUCUGAACGUCGUCCUCAUCAGUCGCAACCUGAGCAAGUUGGAGCAUGAGGCGAAGGAGAUAGAGCGGCUUCAUGGCAGGGUCACUCGAGUCAUCCAGGCGGACUUCACCGGUGGCUUGGAGAUCUACGCGGCCAUUAGGACAGGACUGAGGGACCUGGAGAUCGGAGUCCUGGUGAACAACGUGGGCAUGUUGUAUGAAAACACCCUGGUGAGGCUGCUGGACCGUGAGGACGUCGCCAAAAGACUCUCUGACGUCAUAAACUGCAACAUCAUGUCUGUGGCCCAGAUGACCGCAAUUGUCCUGCCCCAGAUGGUCUCCAGGCGCAAAGGCAUCAUCAUUAACAUCUCCUCAUUCACUGACAAGAAGCCCUGUCCACUUUUAUCAGCCUACGCCGCUUCCAAGGCCUUUGUGCGAAACUUCUCGCAGGCAGUGGGCGCGGAGUACUGCUCCCAAGGAGUCAUCGUGCAGACGGUGAGCCCCUUCAUGAUCGAGUCAAGUUUGACCAAAGACGUAAAGUACCGGACACUGUUACUGAGCUCCGAAGACUUCGCUCGGCAGGCGCUGGACACCCUUGGCCUCACCUCCCAGACCGCCGGCUGCUUCCACCAAGCUGUGCUGAACGCCCUGCUGGCUCUCCUCCUGCCCGGCUGGUUUCGUCUCAGUCGCUGGGGACCGAAGUGUUUACUUCUGUUGAGCAAUGCUAUGGCGAAGGCAAAGCCCGCCCAUAAACGGCCUUGAAGAGACGCGGCCACUCGCCUGCCACCCCCCCAUCCUGGGCCAGGGCUGUUGAUGUUAGCAAAGGUGUCCCACAUGUGGGGAUGGAUGACAAUUAGGCCCACGGCACAGAACUGGACACCGGAACACCUGGAUAUUUGGGGACAACUGUGGCAUCUCUGACCUCUGACAGAAAGAUGGCAUUUUUUUAAAAAUAUAUUUUAUUGAUUUUUUACAGAGAGGAAGGGAGAGAGAUAGAGAGUUAGAAACAUCGAUGAGAGAGAAACAUCGAUCAGCCGCCUCCUG